GCGCAAGUCUCGCCUCGUGCUGAGCUUCUCGCGGGAUCAAGCUACCAAGAUGGCGGCGGCGCCGGGCUGCUGAGCGGGCCCCUGCGGCCGGGGGAUGCGGCCGGGACCGGGCUUGCCGCCGCGGCUCUGAGCGCACCGACACCGGCCCAGCUGCGGACAGCCUGCCUGGCGGGGCCCCGCCGCUGGUGGGGCGGCCGCUGGCGAUGACCGGAGAGAAGCUGCGCUCGCUGCGCAGGGACCAUAAGCCCAGUAAGGAGGACGGGGACCUGCUGGCGCCAGGCGAAGAGGAGGCGGCCGCCGCUCCCGGGGGCAUCUUCACCGGCGGCCGCGGGAGCAGUGGGAAGGGCGGCCGGGCCGGCGGCCACCGCAUCUUCAGCAACCACCACCACCGGCUGCCAUUGAAGGGGGGCCCGGCAGCCGGCGGGACGGGCCCCUCUGCCGAGCCCGACAAGUGCCCGGCGCACUUCCCGGUGCAUGAGUGUGUCUUCAAGGGGGACGUGAGGCGGCUCUCGGCCCUCAUCCGCACGCAGGGCAUCGGGCAGAAGGACAGUCACGGAAACACUCCGUUACAUCUUGCUGUGAUGCUGGGACAUAAAGAAUGUGCCCACUUGCUAUUAGCCCAUAAUGCUCCAGUAAAGGUGAAAAAUGCUCAGGGAUGGAGCCCUCUUGCAGAAGCCAUCAGCUAUGGAGACAGACAAAUGAUUUCAGCACUCCUAAGGAAGCUCAAACAGCAGUCCAGGGAAAGUGUUGAAGAAAAGCGACCUCGAUUAUUAAAAGCCCUGAAAGAGCUAGGUGACUUCUAUCUAGAGCUUCACUGGGAUUUUCAAAGUUGGGUGCCUUUACUUUCCCGAAUUCUGCCUUCUGAUGCAUGUAAAAUACACAAACAAGGUAUAAAUAUCAGGCUGGACACAACUCUCAUAGACUUUACCGACAUGAAGUGCCAACGAGGGGAUUUAAGCUUCAUUUUUAAUGGUGAUGCCGCACCCUCUGAAUCUUUUGUAGUUUUAGACAAUGAACAAAAAGUUUACCAGCGAAUACAUCACGAGGAAUCUGAGAUGGAAACAGAAGAGGAGGUUGACAUUUUGAUGAGCAGUGAUAUUUACUCAGCAACGUUAUCAACCAAAUCCAUCACCUUCACACGUGCCCAAACGGGAUGGCUGUUUCGAGAAGACAAAACGGAAAGAGUAGGAAACUUUUUGGCAGAUUUCUACUUGGUUAAUGGACUUGUAUUGGAGUCAAGGAAAAGAAGAGAACAUCUCAGUGAGGAGGAUAUUCUUCGAAAUAAAGCUAUCAUGGAGAGCCUCAGUAAAGGUGGCAACUUAAUGGAGCAAAAUUUUGAGCCUGUCAGACGGCAGUCCCUCACUCCUCCAUCACCCAAUACAAUUACAUGGGAAGAGUACAUAUCUGCUGAAAAUGGAAAAGCUCCUCAUCUGGGUAGAGAGCUGGUGUGCAAAGAAAGCAAGAAAACCUUUAAAGCCACAAUAGCUAUGAGCCAGGAAUUUCCCUUAGGAAUUGAAUCAUUGUUGAAUGUUUUAGAAGUAAUUGCACCCUUCAAGCACUUUAACAAACUUAGGGAAUUUGUUCAAAUGAAGCUUCCACCAGGCUUUCCUGUGAAAUUAGAUAUUCCUGUAUUUCCCACCAUCACAGCCACUGUGACUUUUCAGGAGUUCCGUUACGAUGAAUUUGAUGAAUCCAUCUUCACUAUUCCUGAUGACUACAAGGAGGACCCCAGCCGUUUCCCUGAUCUCUAACUAAACUGGAAGGUGAAUGGGGAACAUACCAAUACCAGCGUACCACAGUGAAAGCAAAAGGCUGCAAAAAGAGCCCACAGAUAGAGCUAGAAAAAGUGGGUUGUGAAGGAAGGAAUAAGCUUAAUAACACAGAAGAAAAGGGAACAUGUAUCAAAUGACUGAUGUACUGUACUCACUAUAAUGGGCGUCUAAUGUAGUUCCUGAUUUCCAGCAAGUCUCCUGAUGUGUCGUUCACACUUGUCUCGGCGCAGGUCUGCAGCGUGGCGGUGCCACCCCGAUGGCCCUGGGGUCACUGAGCAGCUGUGAGGACUAUCAUUUGUUUUUAAAUUUUAUACAUUUCUUGGUGAUACAAAAAGCACUCUCGGACCAUUAGCGUACAGGUUGACAUGUCUUAGCUGGAUAUUAUCCCUAUGCAUCAUCCCACCGUGCUUAUGAUUGACCAUAUUGUAUUCUUUCAAGCUUUGUUUUCAUGGAUUGUAAACUACAUAUCACAAUGUAUAGUUCAGUAAUCUGAAUGUUAGCUGAACGUAUAUUAGAAGGAAUGCUUUUUCUGUAGAGGAAUGAACCAAAUGGUAACCAUUAAACAGUUGGGUUUUCACACUGCAAUACACUUCAGAGAUAGCAUUUGCUCUGCAGGGAAUAAGGUACCUCCUCUAGCACCUUAGUGCAGUCCAUUCUGGUGCUAUCAGUGUCUCUGAACCCUUUGUUUCUUCACUGACCCUUCUUGUGUUGGCUUCAUGCUCAGCUUUUCUUCAUCACGCUGGCUUGGACAUCCCUGCUGUGCCCAUGGUGCUGUGCUGAUGAACAUGCUUGGGGGGUUGUUAGCUAGAGAUUGUCGCCUUUUUCCUUCUCUUUUCACAUCCACGUAGGAGACUUGCUCAAUAAUGGUUUAGGUCAUCUCGUGUCUGUUCAGCGGCCACUCAGAACCAUGGGGUGCAUAGAAAGAGUUAUUAAAACAGUACACUUGAGCAUUAAACCUUCAUACAAGAAGUUAUUUCUCUUGAGGUUAGUUUAAUUGUAGUGCACAUUGAAUAGAGCUCACAUUGGAAGACUUCAUUUGCAGAUGCUUAGGAUGUUUCCAGGUUUAAUUUCCUUCCUCUUACUAUUUUGUAGGUAGGUGCUUCAGUACUCUGGCCUCUUGAGCUUAUUCUCAUUCCAAGUGGUUCCAGUCUCUUAAUUUGACAAUAAUCCAGCUUUUUCAGUUUGUUAGAAAGAACUUGUGCAAAAGGCUAAUGGUGCUAUUUGUUUGUAUUGAGACAUUUAAAGUGCUGUGGUGUAAUUGUACAAAACUGUAAAUAUUUCCAAAAUUAUAUUCUUUGUGCACUGUAGUUAAAACUUUUUUCUGGAAAUCAUAGAGUCAAAUAUCAAACUUCAUAACAGAGAGCUCCAGCCAUGCUUAGUAGAGGUACCCAACCUAACUAACCAUGCAGGUCAUGAGUGGAGGUGACUUACUGCAGGGCAAUAGGAGCUGGCUUGUGAGGUGCAUCGGCAGCCCAGGGAACACCCAUCCCAAGCAGAUGUUCCUGCAAAGCUUGUGGCCCCAUCUGCAUAGAAUCCAAAGAGGCAGCUCCAGGGAAGUGCAGGAUCCACCUUAGGUGGAAUCCCAGGGAAUUGCUGUCAGGAGAGCACAGAUGAGGUGAGAAUGAGAACAGAGGCUGAGCCUCUUCCAGCAUCACUACAAACCUUCAGGUUGGACGGAUGGGAAACGCUGUGACCGAUGCACGGAAUUCAAAUGGAAAAUAGGGGGAAAAAGCAAAGGGUAAUGCGGGGUUUUAGAACCUCCUGACGUACUGUGCCAGUAGCAGAUGUUGAUCAUUCGGUAGGAAUGAUGGAACUUGUUCUUCCAAGUAAUUAUGAAUUCCUGAGGUGUUCACAUCUGUGCUAUAACCCAGCACCCUCUGAGUGCUCCUGCUGGGCUCAGCAGAGCUCACUGAGAGAGGCCAAGCUGCAAUGUGGAGACUGAGGGACCCUGUCAGGGCUCUGGCAGUGGGGCUGCAGCCUGGGCUCUGCUGCGGCCUCUUGUGCAGGAGCCCCGCGCAGGGCUGUGCUGGGUGCCAGCAGUGGCAGCAGGCACAGGAGCACUGAGCUGCUCUGCAGUGGGAGCAGGCACAGGAGCACUGAGCUGCUCUGCAGUGGCAGCAGGCACAGGAGCACUGAGCUGCUCUGCAGUGGCAGCAGGAGGAGGUUUCUCCAUGAGGUGAAUGUCAGAAAUCCUGUUCUUGGUCUGCAGGGUUGGAACCAGGCAUUUCCUGUUACUGUGGUUGUUCCCAACGGCCACGCAGAGCUCACUGGCAGAGGAGGGAGUGUUCGGAGCUGGGGCUGUUCAGGUGAUGAUGCAGUGACUACCAUGGCCUGGACUCUAGGUUCUCGAAUAAGAACAAAGCUCUUUGUGCAGCCCCAUGAGAGGACGGUUCCAUGUAUGUCCCUUUGCCUCGGGAACACCCCAUGGCCUCAGGUGGAGCAGGAGGUGCCUGACCUGGAGCCCACCGCUGUGUGGGAACAGUUUCUGUGCUUUCCAAGGCCUCUGGCUGCAGGAUUGGGGGUUUUUGACCUUCCCGAUCACACCAUGAACAACUUUGGUACCUUUUCAGGUUUGCAGACACUUUACAGUGGUUGCUCUGUUUGUUAGGGCUCGCUCUGACGUGGAGUGGGAGCAGGCACAGAGCUGGGUGGCUGCAGCCUUUAGGUGAUUACAGUGUGCAUCCCCUGCGGCUGCUUUGCCCCCUGCUGUAACAACCUGACUCCAGGCACGCUGUGUUCAGUGCCUGCUCAGGCCCUGCAGCAGCGCAUGCAGUGAGCCUCGGGCUCUGCCUCUCGGUACCUUUCCUUCUGACUCAGUGAUGUUUUGUGCCUGAAGCAUCCCAGGUGUUGGGUGCAGGGGUGCUCAGGACACGUGUCUGGGGCUGUUGGACCCAUUUCUCCACUUGGAUCUGUUCUGCUUGCUGGGGUUUGUGCUGUUGGAUGAGUGUGUGUUGUCAGUGUGGAUGUGUCUGUGCAUUGGCACUGCGGAUGGGUGAAGAGUGUGGAGAGAACCCCCGUCUACAGCCGUGCUGUGGGCAUUGCCUCCUCCACUUCAUCCCAUCGCCUGCUGGGAUAUCCAAUGGAAAUGUAUUCCCUUGGGCAGUACUGAGCUGGCAAAAGCUCACUUUUGGUUUUCCCCUUUUCCUUAAGACCACGCUGGGUGCUGAGGGAAGGUUUGGUUCCCUGGACAAUGGGUAUUUUCUCAUCACCGCCUGUUGAGGAGCCUGUCAGCUUUAACCUGUUAAUGUGGCUUGUGCAGGGAUUAGGGACUUGUUGCAACCGGAUGCCUGGAAUGGGAGAAGGACCCUGGUGCUUAAAACCACCUUUGUGGAUGCGCUGGUCCUGGUGCCAUCCAGCCUAACACGAGGGCAGAAGGGAACUCACAGGGCUCUGGUGAGCAUCACCCAGCUGAGGUGCAGGGUGGUGCAAGGAGAAGUGAACACAGUGCUGAGUGAUGGCUCUGGAGAUGGAAACCUCCAGCCAGGGCUGGUGGGGACCCACCUGGAGUCCAAGCACUGCUCUGAUCUCACCACUUCCCUGGUGGCUGCAGGGUUUCUCUAUGAGCAAAUACUAAAAACCAGCCGUGUGUUUUGCUAAACAAAUAAGAAAUGAGGGGAAAAGCAUCCCGAGGGCUCUCCCAACCAAACCUUUUCCUGGUCUUCCAAACUUGUGCUUUAAUUGGUGGCAAAGGGAAUGUGUUUUCUUUUUCCUUCCAAGGAGCUGCUGUUCCAGUCACUGUACUCACUUUACUCCUGGUUUGUGUGUGUUGAAACGAUUUGUUCCAAACCCCUCUGGAGAGCUGGGUGCUGGGAUCCUGCUGUGUGGAGCUGAUAUUCCAAGCAAGUGUCUGGGUUUUUUAACUGUCUUUGUUCUUGGUUUGUAGUCCAUCGAGGAGAACUGCGUUAUUUAACCUGUAUUAACAAACCUCCUGUAAUGCUGCAGUUUCACCUUUCUUUUCCUUACAAUUUGUAAUGAUCAUGGAAACAAAUGUCACUUUUUUGCAUUUUACCAGUUGUCCGGGUCCAUGUUUUUAACUUUCCUUCACUAAUCGUAACUUUUGGUUGUAUCAUUUGUUAGAAUAAAGACCAAAAUACGCUGUUGGAUUCUGAA